AUGGCAAAUGAAAAUGACCAACAGCAUCAUCAUCAUCCGCAUCCGUCUGGACAUAAUGCUGUGAGUGAUCUACAAACGGACUGUGAAAAGAAUGCCUUGGAUUCGAUAAAAGCUCGUGAGGAAUGCAGUGGUGGUGGUGCUGCUGGUGGUGUUUGUUCGACAAGCAAAGAUGUUAGUGGUCCACACAAAGAAGACGAGCCGACAGACAGCUAUCAUCAUCAGGUUGAUGGCAGCGGUGGAAAUGGUGAAUGUUGUGAUGAGGACAGACCAACGGCAGCCAAGGGUAAUCUAAAUGAUUUGGUAGCAGAUUUGUGUUUAAAUGGUCAUCGAUCCCACUCACAAAUGAGUGGUAAUAAUGGGGGUGGAGCAUAUGGAGAAUAUCAAAAACCCUCUGGCAGAGCUAGUGGACAUGAAGAUAAUGCCGGGCACAAAUCCAUUGGUGAUGUUGCCUCUUCCACCACCAACCAUAACACACACACCACAGUUCCGGCACCCACCCAAAAUUCAUCAUCAUCGUCAUCAUCAUUUUCCUUUAAACAUUUCCUUAGUAGCAGCAGUGCUCAUACUGCCCCCUCGACCACAGUCACAUCAUUGGAUCCACCAUUGAAUGUUAGCAGUGGCAACAACAACAGUACGUCCACAACAUCAUCAUCUGCAAAUUCCACGUCUGCCACACUUUCCCUACAAACAUCAACGGGUGCCCGUCCCAAAGUUCCACAAUCGAAUUCUGUUUCGUCCACAUUAACAGUGAGUGGUGGUGGUGCAACAACAAAUUGCGGCGGCAGCGGCCUAGAUGGCCUGUCCUCGGCCACAAAAAUGAAACGCUCACCACGUUUUUCAUCAUUUGACUCGCAGGCGAGUCUGGCUGAGUAUGCUGGUGCAUCGAAUUCAGCUGAUUUGCCACCUGGGGAAGCGUCAUCAGGUGGUGGAGGCGGUCUCAGCGCAGGAAGAUCAUCCGACUAUCGUCUAUAUCCGGAUGAAAGGGAACGCGAUCGAUUUGCAGAAUGGAAUCUCCCCUCCAAUACAUCUACGAUGACAACAAAUUCUUCAGAUUAUGAUCGUGGCGGUCAAUAUGUACCACGUUCCUAUUCAAAUUAUGAAAUCCCACGACCACAGACCUCACCACGACGUCGUGUUGGUAUCGGUGCUAAUCGUGAUACGCGACCCACCCGUUUAACUUUGAAUACCAAUUCGCAAUCGACAACAAUGGCUGCCAAAUUGAAAUUGGAUUUGCCCAUAAAUCAAAAUAACAGUGGCGGCAGUGGCGGAGGAUCGGCUGCUGCAUCGUCGUCCAGCCGAAGAAGAACCCUAGCAACACGUCCAACAGAUUUUCAACCACCCAAUCCCUUGCCGGGUGGUGCUGCGGCGGCCGCAGCAUUACCCGAUUUUGUGCAAGAUCAUUGGAUGGAUUCGUGGUAUGCCAAUGAUAUGCACGUUAAUUCACCACCAUCUUCGCCCAUUGCGGCAUUUGCUGAUGAAAUGCCAGGCAGUAGUGGUGUAGAUCAGGCUAUUGGGGGUGGUGGUGUUGGCGGCAUCGGUGGUGCGGGUGUCAGGUCACGUAACCUUGAUAAUGCACCCUUGCCCGGGCCAGCCGAUAUGGGCGGUUUUAAUAUGGGUCUACCCGAACAACCCUCAUCAUCAUCGGUGGGUUCGAAAAUGUUACCCGAUUUCCUUAGCGAUGGCCCCAUAAUACAUUCGUCACAGCGUUUGGCCGACAUCGCUGCCGGAUUGCCAUCAAAUUCCGUCGGCUCCCCCGAAGAGUCGACGCUCAGCAAUCAAUUGUCAAGGUUACGUUCCGAUAAUGCUUUACUACAACGGGAAUUGGAUGAAACACGGGCAGCUCUCAGCGAACAGACGUCGCGGGCAAAUAAUCUCGAACGUCAGCUAAUGGAACAGCAACGUUUACACAGAUCCGAAACGGAAGAGACCAUGGAUAGCAAUAAGAAACAUUCAACGGCCGUACAAAAUCUUGUCACAAAACUAAAAUUGCAGGUGCAACAGUUAACCGCGGAGGUGGAGAUUUUGAGGCGUGAACGGGAUUUGAUGCGUGAAGAAGGUGCUGUGGGUGGCUGUAACGUUUCGGCGGCGGCAACAAACUGUGAUCGUUCUCCUCCUUCUAAUAACUCCUAUGCCGCAGCGGCUGCUGUAACAAGUAGCAAUCGUGGUGUGGGUGGUGGUGGUGGAGCUGCAUCGAAUGCAGCAACGCCAGGUGGAGGUAUUGGUGGUGUUGGGACUCCAACUGCCAGUGUUGCCGCUGGAGGUUUAGGUGGUGGCUGUAUGGGUGUUAGCAGCAGUACAGGUGGUGGAGUGGCUGGUGCCGGUGUUGGUAUUGCUGGCACCGCAGGCAUUAUUGGCCUUAGACCGUCCAGAGCACAACAGUUAUCAUUAGAUUUGCGGAGGGCAGCAUCAAAUGCAGAACAAAACCUGAGGCAACUAUUGGCUGGUGUGGAUAAUUUACGUCAAAUGGCGGCAAAUAUUGAAAAAUCUGAAACCCACAUAGACUACGAUGCUAGUCCGGAUUUAUUUUCAGAUUUUAUAGACGAUUGUGAUGAUUAUGAAGAAUAUCCGGGUGGACCGGCUUUGUAAAUUG